AUGGCUCUCAUCAACCCUGCAUGCAUUUGGUUAAGCGUUGCUACCCUUGGAGAGCAACAAUUAACAAAAGAAGAGGAGGAGCGCAUUUUUGCGGAAUAUCAUUAUACGGGUGCAACCACCAAUAUACAUCCUCUAUUAUCAAGCCUUGUUAAUUAUACCCAUCCAGUAAAAUUUUCUGGUUUCGAUGUUGCUGAAGCGAAUAAUUUGCAUUUCCACAUGUCUUCAUUCUCGGAAAGUACGGGUUUAGGAUACCUGAAGCAGAGUGCUCCAGAAUUUGUUAAUUACAAUAAGCGCCAAUUAUGUAGGAUAUAUCCAAAAGGCGCUCGGGUAGAUUCUAGCAAUUUCUUGCCUCAGAUAUUUUGGAAUGCUGGUUGCCAGAUGGUGGCAUUAAAUUUUCAAACUCCCGAUAUAUCUAUGCAGCUCAACCAAGGAAAGUUCCAAUAUAACGGUGGAUGCGGGUAUCUUUUGAAGCCAGACUUCAUGAGACGUCCUGAUAGGUCGUUUGAUCCAUUUUCGGAAUCUCCUGUUGAUGGUGUAAUUGCAGCACACUGCACUGUGAAGAUCAUAUCAGGUCAUUUUUUAUGUGAUAAAAAAAUUGGCACUUAUGUAGAGGCAGAAAUGUACGGCCUUCCAACAGAUACAAUACGAAAAGAACAUCGAACACGUACCGUACCUGCAAAUGGAUUGAAUCCUGUGUAUAACAGCGACCCAUUUGUUUUCAGAAAGGUCGUCUUACCGGAAUUAGCGCUUUUACGUCUCGCUGUUUAUGACGAAAAUGGAAAACAACUUGGACAGCGAAUAUUACCAUUAGAUGGCUUACAAGCGGGUUACCGACAUAUAACACUUUGUACAGAGUCGAAUAUGCCCAUGGUACUGUCAUGUCUUUUUGUUCGGAUUGUGAUCAAAACUUAUGUUCCCGAUGAGUUCAGUGGUCUAGUAGAUGCAUUGGCGGAUCCACGUGCUUAUCUUUCUGCACAGGAAAAACGAACAGAGGCUCUAUAUAAUAUGGGUGUUGAAGAUUCCGAUAUAGUGGAAGUGACGUCAAGUUCAUUGAGGACAGCAUCAAACAAAAAUAUACCACGAAUGGAUGGCUAUCCACUAGAUCAAAACUGCGAAUCGUCAAAGUCAGCAGUAUUACCGAAAGAACCAGCUCGUUCGAAUGCGGAAGCUACAGAUGACAAGCAGGGGAUGGAAGCGAUCAAUAUUAGCGACUUGAAGAAAGACAAAUGUUUUCAAAAACUAAUUCGGAAAUUUCAAAAAGAUAUGAACGAACUGAAGAAACGACAUGAAAAACAGAGGGGAUCAGUUCAAAAGCAGCAACAAAUAACUGUCGACAAACUGAUUUGUGACAGUUACAAGCACUCUAAAUGGCGAACAGUGGCUAACAGUUCAGGGAGCCAAAAGCAUCAGUCAUUAUCGUAUAUGAAGUCCGAACCAAUAUCAAGGAAUAUCGACAUGACUAAUAGUUAUAAAAUGAAAUCUUUAGUGUUGUCUCAAACUGAUGAAUGGUCAUCGAUGAUGCGAAGGCAUGAAAGAGAAUGUCAUGAUCUAAGGAGAUCGCAAAUAAAAGGAGAAUUUGAUUGCCUACGGAAACUGAUCCAGGAUGCUCAAAAACAGCAAAUGAAUAUGUUGAAGCUGAGACUCGAAGCUGAGAACAAAGAUUUGAAGCAAGCCCAAACAAAAAAGAGCAUGGACGAUGCUCGAGCUAUACAACAGGAUAAAAACAUCAAAACGAAGGCAGAAAGGGAUCGACGAAUAAAAGAAAUGAAUGAAAAAAAUUUGAAAAUAUUUUGCGAAGAGCGGAAAAGGCUGGCUUUAAAAGCCCAGAAACAUGAGGAACAGUUGAUGAAAAGGCAUGGAGAGCAAUAUGAACAGUUCGAGGAAGAUGCAGAAAAGGAGCUAGAAUUAGAAGAAAUGAGUCAUCGGGAAACCCAGUUAGCAUCAAAACUUGAAUUCAUUUGCUGA